AAUCCAAAGCACUGGCUACAAAAUAUAUUUCUAAACAAAAUCAUAGUCAUAUUUAGGAAACAUAAGAUACACAGACAGGACACGUCAUCCGGUUGCGUUACGGCGGCGGCGGCGUUUUCCGAUCACCGUAUUCCGGCCUUGAAGUGCCACAAGUGUUAUAAUAUUGUUAAAAUUGCAUUAAAUGCCAAGUUGUACAUAGUAGGCUGGAUGAAUUUAUAACUGAUGGAACCAACUCACCUUCAGUUCGAACAUAGUUUUCUAUGAGCUUCCAGUUCUUUUAUUUAUUCGGUUAACCAUUCACUUGCAACUAAUGGCAUCAAUAUCUUCUUCAAAUCUAUUGGGUCUGGCAUCUGAAGAAAUAUUGGAUGUCCCCCAAACUCCUAGAGGUCUUCCUCGACUGAUGACUGUUCCAGGAAUCAUCUCUGAUGGUGACUCAGAUGGCAUGUCUUCCACUUGUCAAGAACGAAAAAUCAUAGUGGCAAAUAUGUUGCCGUUGCAUGCUCAUAGGGAUGAAGGAACUUCAAAAUGGUGCUUUAGCUUUGAUGAUGACUCACUUUACUUGCAAUUAAAGGAUGGUUUUCCUAGAGACACCGAGGUUAUAUAUGUUGGCUCUCUCAAGGUUGAAAUAGAUGGCAGUGAACAAGAAGAAGUUGCACAGAGACUACUGGAUGAGUUCAAGUGUGUACCGACUUUUCUACCCACUGAAAUCCAUAAAAAGUUUUAUUAUGGUUUCUGUAAGCAACAGUUGUGGCCUCUAAUCCAUUACAUGCUACCGAUGUGCCCAGAUCAUGCUGAUCGAUUUGAUCGUCAUCUUUGGCAGGCUUAUGUUUCUGCCAACAGAUUGUUUGCAGAUAAGAUUAUGGAAGUUGUUAACCCUGAGGACGAUUAUAUCUGGGUUCAUGAUUAUCACCUUAUGGUUCUCCCUACAUUUCUGAGGAAGCGUUACAAUCGCAUCAAACUAGGAUUCUUCCUCCAUAGUCCAUUUCCUUCAUCAGAAAUAUACCGAACCUUGCCGGUUAGGGAUGAGAUUCUAAAAGGGUUGCUAAACUGUGAUCUGAUUGGUUUUCAUACCUUUGAUUAUGCCCGCCAUUUCCUCUCUUGCUGUAGCAGAAUGUUAGGUCUUGACUAUGAAUCUAAACGAGGGUAUAUCGGACUUGAUUACUUUGGACGCACAGUCUAUAUCAAAAUUUUGCCUGUAGGUGUACAUAUGGGGCGAUUGGUGUCUAUUUUGAAUCUCCCCUCAACAUCUGACAAGGUCAAAGAAGUCCAACAGCAGUUUAUAGGGAAAAAAGUUGUUUUAGGUGUUGAUGAUAUGGACAUAUUUAAGGGCAUCAGUCUCAAAAUGAUGUCUUUUGAACUACUUUUGCAACAACAUCCAGAGCUCCAAGGUGAGGUUGUUCUAGUCCAAAUUGUGAAUCCUGCUCGGAGCUCUGGGAAAGAUGUUCAGGAAGCAAAGAGGGAGACAUAUUCAACUGUUGAAAGGGUCAACAAACGGUAUGGUUUCCCUGGAUAUGACCCUAUAGUCUUGAUCGAUCGACCUGUUGCUCACUAUGAGAAGGCUGCAUAUUAUUCUGUUGCUGAAUGCUGUAUAGUGAAUGCAGUGAGGGAUGGGAUGAAUUUGGUACCCUACAAGUAUAUCGUCUGCAGACAGGGAACAGAAACCUAUUCUCCUCGCACUAGCAUGCUUGUUGUGUCAGAGUUCAUUGGUUGUUCACCUUCUUUGAGCGGAGCAAUCCGGGUGAACCCUUGGGAUAUUGAAGCUGUGGCUGAAGCACUUGAUGUUGCACUAACCAUGCCUGAUCCAGAAAAGCAACUCCGCCACGAAAAACACUACCGGUAUGUUAGCUCCCAUGAUAUUGCGUAUUGGGCCCGCAGCUUUAUGCAGGAUCUUGAAAGGGCAACAAAGGAUCAUUAUAACAAACGCUGUUGGGGUAUUGGUUUGGGCCUCGGUUUCAAAGUCAUUUCACUUUCUCCGAGUUUUAGAAAGUUGUCUUCCGAUCACAUAGUUUCAUCUUACAUAAGGACAAACCGGAGGGUGAUAUUUUUGGACUAUGAUGGCACAAUUGUACCUCAAUCGUCCAUUGUUAAAUCUCCUGGCGCAGAAGUCAUUACAUUCCUAAAUGCUCUGUCCAAUGAUCCAAAGAACACAGUGUUCAUUGUCAGUGGCAGAGGUAGAAGUUCGUUGGACGAAUGGCUUUCACCAUGCGAAAGGCUCGGAAUAGCUGCUGAACAUGGUUAUUUUAUAAGGUGGAAUAAAUCGGCCGAAUGGGAAUGCAUGGAUGCUGAUAUUGACUGGAAAGGAAUCGUUGAGCCUGUAAUGAGACAAUAUGCUGAUGCAACUGAUGGCUCUUUUAUUGAAUCUAAAGAGAGUGCUCUGGUUUGGCACCAUCAAGAUGCAGACCCUGACUUUGGCUCUUGCCAGGCUAAGGAGUUGCUUGAUCAUUUGGAAAACGUACUCGCCAAUGAACCCGCUGUUGUCAAGAGGGGACAACAUAUUGUCGAAGUCAAACCACAAGGUGUAACCAAAGGUCUAGUUGCAGAGAAGGUUCUGUCAGCAAUGGUGAAGAGUGGGAAACAGCCGGAUUUCGUGAUGUGCGUCGGGGAUGACAGAUCAGAUGAAGACAUGUUUGAGAGCAUAAUAAACUCUGUUACCAGCCUUUCACUAAACUCUGCGCCCGAAAUCUUUGCAUGCACCGUCGGGCAAAAACCGAGCCGGGCCCGGUAUUACCUCGACGACAUUGCUGAUGUCAUCUGGAUGCUUCGGAGCCUUGCCAGCGAAUCAAGCCCGAAGCCACCACCGCCCGUACAGACCGUUCAUUUACGGGCUGCUUUCGAGAGAAUGAUUGAGCCUUCCACCUUUUGUUGAUGAUGCUUUCAGCUGCUCUGAAGUAUAACUUUUUUCUGUUUCUAUUUUUCUUUUUCUUUUUGGGGUUUUCUUAUUAUCAGUAGUGGAAUGGGUAGAUUGGGCUCUCAUUAAUGGUCUCUCUAAACAUGUUUUCUGCCUAUUACUACUACUGCUCUAAAGGUGUUGUUGGGUUUAUAUAAAUACAGACAAUAUAAUAUGGUACAGAAAAAUUUCCCAGUGGAGUUUCCUUUUUG